CGGUAGUUCGCCUUACUGUCUGCAACUCGCACUACGGAUACAUCCUAGUUUAUUGACAAUCCGUAAGAUGGCGCCACCAGUAUCUCAAUAAUUAUAAUAAUAAGCCGAGCGUGAUUCCGUUCAAAUUUAAACUUGAGUAGCGAUACGAACGACAAGAUUUAAAAAUCUACUUCAAAUAUUCUGACUGUGGAUAUACGGACGAUUUAUUUCUUCGCAACGUUCAAGUGAAAACGAUAUUAGUCAGAAGUAUAAUUAGUUCCGUACAAACGACGAAUCACGAUACAGCGAUCCGUGUGUUAUAAUAAUACAUUAUGUGAUCCACGAUAUUCAACACAUUGUAUCUUCUCGAAAAAAUAUUUCUGGCAUUUAAAAAAACCUCUGGAUUCAUCGUCAAUGUGCAGACAGUUUCGGUCGCUGACGAAGAACCAAAAUAGUAGUUGAAUCUAGGCAGGCAUCGCUCUUUUUCAAGUAUUAUCCGUCGAUUUCGAUUGUACUUCGGAAUCAAAGGACAGUCGAUGGUCGCCAUGGGAUUUUUCCGACGGUUUUUUCUCCUCCAUUUCCUCCAGAGCGAGUCGUACCUUCGCUACUAUUUCGGGUGGCGAUUGACGUCUGAAACCCGGUGUGUCCGGUCUGUGCUGCAAGUCAUCCUGCCUCGGUACAAUCGAUGCGCCGAAUGUAUGCGGCUGGAAAUGUACUGUAAAAAACAAAAAAACAACCAUUCGAAAGAAUAUAUUCAACAGUUUUGAAUAAACUACUCAAUAUUGACACCGAGCUGCUAAAAGCAAAAAAUUCUCGGUGCGAAUUUCUUCAAACACGGAUCUUCGAAAUGUCUGUAUAAAAUUUUGCGUAAAUUGAGACAGUGCAAGGUUAUAAUCGAGAGAAUGUUCAAAUGGAAACAAUGAAAAUUUAUUUAUUUAUAUAAAGUUGGUAAUUUCAGUAGAAUUUUAUUUCAAUAAAAUAGGUGACGCUUGAAUGAAUUUAAGAUUAAAAAAAUAAAUCAAACAUUCUUUGGGAAUGUGUAUUCCAGCAUUUAGAUAAAUUUAUUUGCAGCUGUUGUAAUAUAUUUCGCGUUCAUGUUGCGAAAGCUGUGUACAAACACUCAGCUUAACUUGUUAUUACGAACGUGCCGUAAUCUCAACGCUACUUAGGCACGCUUGAAUCAGGUAUUGAAGAAUACUUUGGAUUUUCGCGCAUGCGCAAAUCGUGGUAAAAUCGUAAAUCGGCGUUCCGAGUUUCCCGAUCGCUUUGUGCUUAUCGGACCGUUCUCGGAGCAACAUCACGGACACCGAACUCGGUCCAUUUUACGAAGUAAACAGUGCAGCGAAUCAAAAGCGUGUCAAAGUGCGUAUUUGUGGUUGUUGAUUAAUUUAGUUAUUUUUUUACUCGGAUUUGAUUGUGGAAGUGCUGGAGUAAAACCGCAUCUGUUUAUUAAAAUUUGUGUGGCUUUAAAGUGGUGUUCAUAUCUGUAGCGUCCUGGAAAUCAACAAUUAUUGCAGUUUUCCCAGAGCAAUGAAGAAUAAGCAGGUUUAGAAAUCUAGAGUGAUUUAAGCAAGAGAUGAAAAAGGUACGUCGUGCGGAUCGUACUCGGGAAUAUCUUCCAAAUCGUCAACGCCAAAGUUACGCCUACCACAUCUGAAUAUGAACUGAAGACAAUCAACUAUUAGUUUUUUUGAUGAUCUCCACAUAAUAGUACACUAUACAUUUUGAUGAUGGUUAUUUUAUGUCGAAUUUUAUUUUCAUGUCAAUCACAUCGUAGGAUGAAUUUUGAUUGAUUCAAUUGCUGAUAAAAAUUCUUUUAAAAUUUUGGGUAAACUGAUCCUAAUUAAUCGAUUUUUGCCGAUUAUCGCGGAUGUGUUUGACAGGUUAGAUGUGACGUUCAAAUUCGUACACAAAUUCAGUGACAGAAUAUUGCGUACGAUCAAAAGAUCCGAAAUAAAACACUUUUAAUUUUGAAUUCCGCGCCGUCCAAGAUGUGCCGCCACCUCUCGGUGGUUUUUCAAAUUUCUCGUCCCGCGCUUUUUACGGUUUGUGCUGCGUGGUAAACAAACGACUACCGAACACCAGACAUGGCUGGAACCGACGAAAACGGCGAGCCGAUGGACGUUGAGGUCGUGCCAUCAACCAGCGGCAUAAAUCAGAAGAGUAAGUCAAGUUACAGAGCCGCGCAUUUGCCAUGGGUGGAAAAGUAUCGUCCCCAAGUGUUUUCAGACAUAGUGGGCAACGAGGACACUGUUGCACGGUUGUCUGUUUUUGCCCAGAACGGUAAUGCGCCGAAUAUAAUCAUCGCCGGGCCGCCUGGAGUGGGAAAGACGACGACCAUCCUCUGUUUAGCUCGGGUUCUUCUUGGACCAGCUUUCAAGGAUGCUGUUCUUGAGCUCAACGCGUCUAACGACAGAGGAAUCGACGUCGUGCGAAACAAGAUCAAGAUGUUUGCCCAGCAAAAGGUCACCCUUCCUCAAGGCAGGCACAAGAUAAUCAUACUCGACGAAGCGGACAGCAUGACCGACGGUGCUCAACAAGCCCUACGCCGAACCAUGGAGAUCUACAGCAACACCACCAGGUUCGCGCUCGCUUGUAACAACAGCGAGAAAAUCAUCGAACCCAUACAGUCGCGAUGCGCUAUGCUGCGGUAUGGAAAACUGUCCGAUGCCCAAGUCUUGGCCAAAAUCAUUCAAGUCUGCGAAAAGGAGAAUGCGUCUUAUACCGACGAUGGAUUGGAAGCAAUUGUGUUCACUGCCCAAGGAGACAUGAGACAAGCAUUGAACAAUUUGCAGUCGACUCACAAUGGAUUCGGACAUGUGAACGGAGAAAAUGUGUUCAAGGUUUGCGACGAACCGCAUCCCCUUCACGUUAAAGAAAUGCUUGAAUUAUGCUCAAAGGGAAACAUUGAUAAAUCGUUUGGGAUAAUGUCGCAUUUAUGGAGGAUGGGAUACUCUGCCGAGGAUAUUAUUGGAAACAUAUUCAGAGUCUGCAAAAAUCUCGAUAUAGAUGAGAAAAUGAAGCUUGAUUUCAUCAAGGAAAUCGGUUUGACGCAUUUAGGCAUCGUUAAUGGAAUGAACAGUCUGCUUCAAAUGCAGAGUCUUUUGGCCCGUCUGUGCCGAAUAGCUCUUAAAAAGUAACACGAAGAUGAAACAUACCCUGAGUUAAUAUACACUAGCUAUAAUAACGUUCAACUAUGAAUCAAUAAAAUAAUUUAUAUAUUUUUAA